AUGUCGACAACAACGACUAUUGAACCAAAGAAAGAAUCAUUGGGUAUAUCAGCUGCUCUCAUUCUCAGUCUUGUUGGAUUAACACUUCUUCUUGUAAUUGCUAUAUUGAUCAAACGAGAAAUUCGUCGAGGAAAUGUUAAAUCCAAACGUGAUGGACAUUUUUGGUCUUGUAAAUUUUUUCGAAAAUAUACUCAAUCAAGAUUGCCUACAGAUGGAACAAUCUCUACAAAAGUCAGACCACAAUGGCUGCUUGUUGGUCAUCAUGAAUUACCUGAACGUUUUUAUACAAACGAUGAAUGCCCACAAUAUAUCGCUCGAAUGUUUACAAUUGAUCUUUAUACUGUUUUACAACAUACAUGUCGAGAAACAUUUUCUGAUAUUGAUACAAAUUCACCAUUUGAAUCUUAUUUAAUUAAUCAUUAUCCAGCAUUAAAUGAUACAAUACAUUCAUUUCGAAGACUUAAAAUUCGAGCAGAAAUCGAUCUAGUUCCAUUUACACUUGAUGAUACAAAACUUGCAAUUAAGAUGUUUAAUCAAUUAUUACAAAAACUAUCUGAAUUUGUUAAUAAUCCAUAUCUUCGUCAACGACAAAUAAAUUUACCAUUGGCUACACAAACUGAAGAACAAAGAAUAAAAAUGAGUUCAAAGUAUAUUCUAUUGUUACCAAAAGAUUUAUGUCAUAUACCAUUACGACCAGUUGAUGAUGAUUCAAUAGAAAAUAUGAAUAAAAGAUCACGUUCAAAAGGUCGUUUUCCUUUUCAUUUACCAUCAUUUUUAAAUAAACGUAAAUUUUUUACAACGAAAUCAUCAUCAACACUACCAACACAAUCAUUAAUAAAUCGAAAUGUAGAACAUUCUUCAACUAUUGAAAGUUCAAUUGGAGAAAAUGAACAUAUUAACUCUUCAGUUGAGAAUACAACGGUUAAACUAAAUCGUCAAAAAUUUAAACGACAAGCUGCUACAGAUGCUCUACCUCUAGUAGAAUUUCAUGAUGCACUUUCUCAAUCAACAACAUUUGGUUCAGACGUGGAACAACAAUCAUAA